AUGGCGGAGGACGAGCUGACGGGCGGCCCCGACGGUGCCGUGGAGGAGCCUGCGCAGGAGCUGGAGGCCACUGAGGCGCCUGCUGCUCCGGCCGAGGCUGCCGAGGCCAGCGACGCGGACCCGCCGCCGGCGGAGGAUCAGGGAGCCGCUCCAGGUGAGCCGGGUGAUGGGGAGGCUGUCCCGCCGGAAGGCGAGGCUCAGAACGGCGAGGCGUUCGCGUACGACGACCCUGAGAAGGUAGAGAGUGCGGUGGUGCGCAUCCAGAGCCAGUUCCGCGGCAACAAGGCGCGCGAGCAGGUCGCUGCCAUGAAGGCAGCCCCUGCACAGGACGACACCGCGGGGGCCGCGGACGGGCCCGCCGAGCCGCAAGAGGGCGACGCUGCACCGGCUGCGAGCGCGGCCGAGCAGCCGGAGGAGAACUUCGAGUACGACGACCCCGCCCAGGUGGAGAGUGCCGUCGUGCGCAUCCAGAGCCAGUUCCGCGGCAACAAGGCGCGCGAGCAGGUCGCUGCGCUCAAGGCGGCGAAGGACACCGGCGACGCCGAGGCAGCCCCGGCGGAGGAGGAGAACUUCGAGUACGACGACCCCGCCCAGGUGGAGAGUGCCGUCGUGCGCAUCCAGAGCCAGUUCCGCGGCAACAAGGCGCGCGAGCAGGUCGCGAAGAUGCGCGCCGGUGGGGACGCGACGGAGGCGGCUCCGGCGGAGGAGGAGAACUUCGAGUACGACGACCCUGCCCAGGUGGAGAGCGCUGUUGUGCGCAUCCAGAGCCAGUUCCGCGGUAACAAGGCGCGCGAGCAGGUCGCGAAGAUGCGCGCCGGUGCGGAUGCGACGGAGGCGGCUCCGGCGGAGGAGGAGGACGACGAGGAUGGCGAGGGCGGGCUGCUCCCCGCGGAGGAGGGGAUGGUGUUGGUGCGGGACAACGACACGGGCAAGGUGCAGCUGGUGCACGGGGUGUCGCGGCGCGGGCUGCUCAUCGCGGACGACGUCGAUGUCCCGCAGCAGUCGCCGGGGAUGCCCGCGGUGCCGGAGGAGGGCCGCGAGCUCGCGCACGUGGCCACGUCGAUCGUAGUGAACGAGGAGGGGGGGGUGUCUCUGAGCAUCGCUCCGGCGCCGGCGGCCGCGCCGCCCGCGCAGGAGGAGGAGGAGGAGGAGGACGACGACGACGGCCCGCCGCUCGUGAGCGCGGACGACGGCGUGGCGAUCUACCGCGACGGCGAGAACGUGAGCAUCGUGCAGGGCGUGACCAAGGGCGGCAAGGUCAUCUCGAAGCCGUUCGAUAGCAAGAGCCUCAGGCAGCGCGCGGAGUCCGAGAUGUCCGGCGCGGCGGCGGCGCCGAGCGCCCCCGGCGAGCCGGAGCCCGCGGCGGACGCGCAGGCGGCGGCCGAGGAGCUGCUGGCGCUCGUGCGCGGCGAGGGGCCGUCCUCCGGCGCGGAGGUCGCGGCGGAGACGUCUGCGCCCGCGGCGGAGGAGGACGCGGCGGCCCCCGCGGACAGCCCGGCGGCGGGCGGCGAGGCCCCGGAGGCGGUGUCGGAGGAGCGGCAGGCUGCGGUGGAGAAGCGGCUGGCGUCGCUGGUGCUGUCGCUGGAGGUGGGGAAGAUCGGGGAGGCGCUGCACACGGCGGCGCGCGCGGGGCUGCCGGCGGACAACCCGUUCGUGGCUGCGGCGCGCGGCGUGAUGCACGUCAACAAGCUGUCGCACGAGGCCUCCGCGGCGUGCCAGAUCCGCUCGCUGGACGCCGUGGAGGGCAUACUGGAGCAGAUCGCCGCGGCGGUGCCCCUGGGGGGGGAGUCGCAGGAGGCGUUCGCGGCGCGCCCGGAGUUUGAGCGGGCGCGGCGGCAGUGCGGGCUGAUCGCGCUGGACCAGCGGGCGCUCGCGGCGGUGGAGCUGGGCGACGAGGCCGAGAUGGAGCGCGUGGGCGAGGAGGCCGCGGAGCUCGGCGCGACGAACGUGUCGCGGCGGCUGCAGCUCGCGCAGCAGCUGGAGACGACGCGCGUGUCGGUGGAGGACUGGAUGCGCAGCAAGGAGCGCACGGCGCGGCGGGAGCGCGCGGCGGCGAAGCGCUCGAAGCGCGCGACGCAGCGGCGGGAGCGCAAGGCCAGGGAGGCCAAGCAGCAGGCGGCGCAGGACGUGUACCAGGGCUGGCUGGCGUCGAAGAAGGACGAGGAGCGCGGGCGGAAGGCGGAGAGCGAGGAGCUCCAGGCGUUCGUGCAGGCGGAGCGGGAGGCGCGGGAGAAGAACGAGGCCGCGUUCCGGGAGUGGCAGCGCCGCAAGGCGCAGCAGCAGGCGCGCGAGGACGCGCAGGAGCGCAAGCGGCGCUCGCGCGUGGGGCGGCUGCGCGCGGCCGUGAACGCGAGCCGGCAGCUCGAGCAGCGCGCGCUGCGCGUCAUGGAGCGCACGUGGGACAAGAGCUUCCACGUGGCCACUGUGUGGUCGCCGCCGGACAAGCGCGGGGAGCUCUCCGAGGCGGAGGCGCGGGCGGCGCGCGUGACGGCGCUGAGCUGA